UCCCUGCUCAGCAGAGCUCCUGAGAGGAGAGGGGCAAGACCAUACUGUCUGUCCUCUCUCUGGAACUGUCUGCCUGUUGGGGCCCAGCUCUCCUCUCUGCCAACUCCACUUCCUUCUUCUCCACUCGCGUUAGAGAGCUGGAAGGGUCUGGCGGGCCACCCAAACGCACCAAGAUGCGAACCAAACAAACGAAAGGAAACCGAACCAAAGGAGACCAAACCAAACCCAGCCCAGCCAAACCAAAACGCUGCUCUCUGGGCUUUGGAGCCUUCCCGGUUCCCCGAAAACAUGUCCCCUGGCCCACCAAUUCCGUCUGGGUUCAAUUCUCAAGGCGCGAUGGAUGGCGUACAGUCCUGUACGCGAAGGGGCCCGGGAGAGAGGCAGGAGACACUCCCUGCCUGCCCGGAGUCGCGCGCUGAGCGGGGCGAACGGCCUCCGCAGGCGCCCGCUGCUGCCCUCCGGUGGCCCGCGCCCUCUGCUGCUGCUCCUGGCCUCAGAAGUCGCGUCCAGCGUCCAGCGCAGCGCAGGCAGUCAGCGAGCAAGAGCCCGAAGCUCCGAGUGAACUAUUAAAGCAGCAAACUCCAGGCUCAAUGGGAAGGCGGCCUUGCCCUCGCGCUCCCCCUGCAGGCCAGCCCCGCAAUCGUCAGGCUUCAGCAUGCUGCCUGUGCAUCUAUUCCUGGUGGGAGGGGUGAUGCUGAGCUGCAGCCCAGCCAGCUCACUUGAUUCUGGUAAAUCUGGGAGCCUGCACCUGGAGCGCAGCGAAACCGCGCGCUUCCUAGCAGAGCUCCGAAGCGUGCCGGGUCACCAGUGCCUGCGGGACAGGACCGAUUUCCCAUGUCCCUGGAAGGAAGGAACUAACAUCACACCGAUGACUCUGGGAGAAACCACCAGUUGCUACUCCCAGACCCUCAAGCAGGUCCUCCACCUCUUUGACACAGAGGCCAGCAGAGCUGCCUGGCACGAGAGGGCGCUGGACCAGCUACUAUCUAGCCUGUGGCGUGAGCUGCAAGUGCUGAAGAGGCCAAGAGAGCAGGGCCAGUCCUGUCCACUGCCUUUUGCCCUGGCCAUCCGCACCUACUUCCGAGGGUUCUUCCGCUAUCUGAAGGCAAAGGCACACAGCGCUUGCUCCUGGGAGAUCGUCAGAGUCCAAUUGCAAGUGGACCUUCCAGCGUUCCCACUGUCUGCGAGAAGAGGCCCAAGAUGAGGAGAAGCCCCGUGCAGGAAUCUCUCUGCUCUCGUGACACCACGCUCCCUCUCUCCAUUCAAAGCAGACACACGGAUUCGGAUUCAGCACCAACAGGCGAAAUGGGCGUGCAUCGACCAAGAACAUCGAGUUCUUUAUGUCUUCCCUGCCAGAGGCCCCGAAGCAUCCUACUGUACAUCAUACACUGCGAAAGAUGUUUGAAAGAAAACCUGUGCUCUUGCAUUUGAGGUGGCUUCUGAAUAAAUUGAUGAUCUCGGUUUUCCUUGGGAGGUUUCGAUCACAGAUGGGGGAUGCCCAUGGGCCACGGGGGUUGGAAAACGUGCCUUGUUGCAGCAAGGCUCUCUUGGGCUGUUCGGUGUUAGAACCAUUCUCUCUCCUGUCAUGGGCUUCUGGUUAGCUUCUUGUAACCUGGGAACUCCUUAAUCUCAGACUUUGCCCGGUCUCAGGUUUUCUGUUUGUUUGUUUGUGUGUGUGUGUGUUUUUUGAAAAUCUCCCUUGGAAGGAAGUUACUCCAGAGGUUGAUGAACCUCUUUGCUUGAUCUUUGCAUCUUGAAAAGAGAAAAUUCUCCUUAAAAAAAAAGCUAUAUUCUCCUUUCGUUGAAGACAGCUUUAUGUGCACAAAAUUCUCAAAAGUCUCCUUUGAUGCCAGUCUUUUUAGAGGGUAGGAGGUGGACCUGAAAUAUUAAACCCUCUGGCUCUAUAGGCCUCAGGUUGGGAGAGAGGAAUUUCCCAUCUCAUGUUUCAUCAAGAUGGAAGCCUUUUGUCCUAGGUUCCAUACAAGCUGCUAACUAUAGUGUUUGUUUCAAAAGUUCCUUCUCUCUAAAAGUCCCUUCUUUUUUACGUAUUAUCAGCAGAGCGUCCUACCCCUUUGGAGAAGUGAUUAGCAUGCAUCAAUAUCAAUCUCACUGGGCCCUUAGAGAGAACACAGACGUAGGUAAAGCAUCAUGAGAGAUUAUUAGGAUAGCCCACUGACACCUGGAGACUGUGUAGCACCCACAAGCACCAAGGAGAUCUGCAGCACGUUGGAACUGAGGAGUUAGUGUGGCUUCUGAGGAGGAUGGGAGUUUUCACUUCAGUUGGGACCAGCCUGGUCUCUGCCUGUGGUCAGAGAACAACUUGUUCUAGCCCUGUUACUUGAUCAGGACUAGGGUUUACAUAGGGAAGGACUUUGUCUCUAGACUUCUCUCCUCUCCACCCUUGUAAAUGGUCUAGUGAAGGCUCAGGGUGACAUAGAUGCAUUCUAAAUUGAACUUCAUUUUGGCUGAUGCCUUAAAUUAUGAAAAUUGUCCAUCUUUAUGUAGUACUGUGUGAUAAUUCAUACAUGCGCACACACUGUCAAGUUUUAUACACUUUAAACAUGGAUCUCCUCAAACACUAUUUUCUUUUUGUAGAUAAAACACUGAAAACCCUUUCUCACAAUUUUAAAGCUGACUAUGGCAUCGUGAACGUCUUUUUGUAAUCAACAUGCAGCAACACCCAUGAUCCUCCUUCCUGAGAGGAUCUCAGCCCCUAGAAACCAUUUUGGAGGACUUGGUAGUGGUGUAAGCUUGGCUGACCGUGUGAUUACAUAAAAUCUUCCCAUUUGACCACUUCUAUUUUUGUCGUUGCUUGUAUCAUCAACAUUUUUCAAUAUAAAUAAUUAUACC